AUGUAUCACGACACUACGGUUGAGCUACCGACUGUACUGCCGAAAGCACCCAUCUUCCAGUCCAGGCAGCAUAACACGACACUAACCGGCGGCUCUGUCCGACAUAGUCGUACAAUCCAACUUCCUCACCCCAGCAUCACGCCACAACCGAGUGCCUUGCACCCCACACCGGAAAUCGAUCACCACACGCAGGCUCGCAGCCAUAUAGAUCGUAUGGACCCGUCACGGAAUCUAGCCCUGCACAACGCAAAGCUGCGAACCAUUUUGUCAAACUUGCAGAGUGUACCACGACAGGGGUCUUCGCCUACUGCCCCCAAUCCUGAGCUUGAGAGUGAGAGGGACAUUGAUAUGCCCCCACCUGCAUACCACACCGUCGUCGACCCGGCAGAAACACUACCCGAAAUGAUGCACAGACUGUAUGAUACAGUGGAAGAGGAAGACGAAAAGAAUGGAGAGACGCCUGAGAUCAACAUCAAUGCCACGACGCAGAUUAGAGGCCAUGGGAACAUCAUCAGUAUCGCGCAGAUGGAUAGCAUGCGAAUUGCGAAUCUGCUCGCAAUAUUGAUCCAUGGGGGAAUACCGCCGAAUGCGCAGGCACAGCCUCAGGGACAGCCUGCCAAUGCACCUGCGCCUGCACCUGCGCCUGCGACUGCGCCCGAAGUCGCACAACGUCCGGCACAAGAGAGGAGAGAGCUUCCGAAGAUCAACAUCAACAUCAACUGCGGCGCUACUGUCAUUGGAGACAGGAACAUCGUGGGGCCUGGUCUGGGCGAUAUCGCGAGGCAUAUGCAAUUGGCGCAGCAGCGACAGCAGGCGCAACAACAACAGCAGCAGCAGCAGCAAAGCCAAGCGAAUCUUGCUUCGAAGAUGGCACAGCCUCAGCGUCCAGUCUUCGGAUAUCCUGCUCUAAGUCAAGCUACAUUAGCGACGCCGCCAAUGAGUCGCAGCUCGAGUUUUGGAAGUGAAGGUUCUGCAGGCACGAAGAGGAAGGCUGAAGAACCACCUGUGGAGGAGCCUGUGAAGAGGGAGAGACGUCUGUGA